UAUUAUAUAUUGCCAUUAAACAAAAAAACAACAACAAUAUUUAUUAUGGAUUUUAAUCAUUGGAAAAUAUUUAUAAAACAAUCUGAAAAUGUAGCUGAUAAAAUUAAUGAUAAACACAUUGGUAAACUUAAUUUUAAAGGAGAAGAAGCAAAAAUAGCUUAUGAAACAAUUAUUAAAGAAAGUUGUAAUAAUGAAAAAUCAGCACAUCAUCAAUUGAUUGAUAAACAAAAGACAACAAUUGUUAAAAUUGUAAAUAAUAAAACACCAAUAAUUGAGAAUAAAAAUAUUGAUGUUAAUGUUGUACUUAUAGCAGUUGAACAGGGUGAUUUAAAUUAUAUAGAAAAUAAUUUAUCAAAAAAUAAUGUUAAUAUUGUUGACUAUUUUGGCUGGACACCUCUAAUGUCAGCUGCUUAUUCUGGUAGUAUUAAAAUUGUUGAAUAUUUGCUAAAACUUGGUGCUGAUAAAAAACUUGCUGAUAAAUCUGGUAAUACUGCUUUGGAUUUGGCCAAGAAAAAGCACCAUACUGACAUUAUAAUUGCUCUUAAAAAAUCAAAUUUAAAUGAUAAUAAUAAAAAUUAUCAUAGCCAUGAUGAACAUGAUGAAAUAACAAGUUUAUAUUGUGAAAUAUGUAAAACUAAUUUUACAGAAACAACAAGAAAAAAACAUGAAGCAUCAAUACUUCAUAUAUUUAAUACAAAGCCAGUAUUACCCGAUCCAAUUUAUGGUUUACAAAAAGACAAUCGAGGCUAUCAAAUUAUGUUAAAUAAUGGCUGGAAUGAAACACAAGGUCUUGGUCCAACUGGUACUGGAUUAAAGUAUCCAAUUAAAACAGUAUUAAAAAGAGAUCGUAAAGGUUUUAGUAAAGAAUCAACAAAAAAUUCACGUAUAACACAUUUUAGCAGUUUUGAUUCUACCUCAAUAGCUCAUGUUAAAAAAUUGCAUUAUAAAAAUAAAACUAAACCACUUAAUCGUAAAGACAGAGCAAAAGUUUUAUCUUAUGAAGCUAAAAAACAACGUGAUAUUCGUCGAGCAUUGUCUUAAUUAUUUUAUUUACUAAUAGUAAAAAAAAAAAAUAAUAAUACAAAGCAAUAU